GCAGAUCAGCUGAGACCCGUGUCUGUGUGAGCCGAGGAAAAAAUUAUUACCUGGCUACGACUGAAUUACCACGAUAUUCCAUUAUCUUAGAGACAAUUAUAUAAAGAAUUUUUUUUCCUAAAUACUGAAAAUUUUUAAAAAGAUAAUACAAAGAUGGCCAGUAACCGGCCAACCUCCACAACUACUACGACUGAAGAGGGAGCACAAAAUGAGUUGCCACCAGAUACCGAAGAGAACGUUAGCGAACAAGCUGAGGGCAUAAUCCGUAAUUUUAUGUUUCAACGAUUUCAAACAGACUUCCAACAAGACAGUGAGACGCCAUCAGUGCCUGAAUUCCAGGGAUUCACCACGAACCCGCUCAGUCCAACAGCAGAGGUUGGAAGAAGACUGGCACAGAUUGGGGAUGAUAUCAACGCACGCUAUUCUGGUGAGUUUCGGCACAUGAUCAGAGCGUUAGACAUCACGCCGACAACAGCGUACGAGCAUUUUGCAAACAUUGCCAGAAAGUAA